AAGUCAAUGUUUAUUGAGGCAUACCAAGAACAUAAGUAAACUUCAUUGUUAGUUGUUAAUCAUAAAAUGAUGAUAAAUGUCUAUGUAGUAUGCAUCACUAUGUCCAGGUAAAACAGGUAAUGGCACUAAGUAUUCCACCUUCUGCUAAAAUAUUAACAUCAAGCAAAAGUGAAAUUCAAAUUUCCCAUGAUGGAAUUUCCAGUCUGAAGUCCAAAGGGAGACAAUUACCAAGACCACCUACAGUACCUGAUGAUUUAUCCAAAGGAACUGUUCUAGUUCGACAUCCACUGCCAAAAUACAGUUUUCAAUCCACUUUAGGAAAAAAGAAAGCAGAAUCCUCCAAAAGUUUAAGUGAAUUGAAUAAAGUUGACAAAAGUGAUAAAAACGACACUACAGCCUUACCAAUAGGUACUGUUAAACCUGUCAGUAAAGUAGAACCAUAUUUAGACCAGGAUGAACAAAAUCAAUCAAAUUUAAAGCCGCAAAGUGAGGCACCAAAACUGGAAAUGGUUUUAAGAAAUGCCUCACCAUUAGACUGGCCUGGUAGUGAGGCAGAGGUUAAAAGGUUAAAGGCAGAGGUUGUUAUGCUGAGAGGUGAACUGGAUGUUCAGGUCAAGGUUAACUCUGAAUUAAAGAGACUAUUAGUAGCCUCAGUAGGGGAUGAUUUACAUUCAAGAGUAGAAAGACUUGCAAGAGAUAGAGCUGAAUUAACCCAGGAGUUGGGAUUCACUACAAAGAAGAGAUCAGAGGAUUAUGAAAACUUAGAUGCAAUUUCAAUACAGGCUGAUAUGUGGAGGAGUAAAUAUUUGGCAAGCAGAGUAAUGAGUGAUGAAUUAGCUAGUGCAAAAUCAUUUUUUGCUAUGCAGUAUCAGGAAACCCAGAAUGCAGUGGAACAGUUAUUAGAUGAGAGACAUGAAUUGAGAUCAAACAUGGUAGAAUGUAAUAGAUCUUUACAGCAGAUUAGAGCAGCAUUUGACCCCUUGAAUAUUCAUAGAUCAGUUCUGCAGAAUUCUAACAACAAUCUGGACCUUGCCAAGGCCAAUCAUAAUCUAUCAGAAAGUAUUAAAUAUAGACUGUUACCCAGUAAUAGGACACCAGAGCUCAGCAUUAAUAUGGAUCUUAGAUGGGAGGACACACUCACACAUGCUGAGUCCCAUGCUUAUGAGAUUUUGUCGAGAAGAAUAACUACAGAUGACAUAAAAUCACACCAUCCAGCUAUAGCAUGUAACCCGGAGUCAGCGGUAAUAUCAAGAUAUCACCCAAAAGCUAAAUUUGACAAUUUAACAUUCAACUGUUGUCCUCAUUGUGCAGGGGAGAUAAUUGCUGUGUAAUAACUAAUACUGUUUCUUUAAUGUGUUCUCCUUAGAUGUAAUUUGAUUGAGACUUUCAACAUUUAUUUUGUUGAGCACUAUUUUUAAUCAUAUUCAUACUCCUCACCCAUUUUUUGUCAGUAGGUAUAGGCUCCUAUUGAUGCUGUUGUUUCAGACCAUUUUAGUAUUUGAACCAUUAACAAAUAACGGACCAUGAGACUUUAUUUACAUAUAGUAGGAUCAUAUAUGUACAUUCUGGUUACUUUGAAAUUAGUAACAAAUAUUGAUAUACUUUGUAAAAUGAUAUGGUGAUUUUUCCUCAUUUAGCAAAUUUAUUGGUAGUAGCUUAUGAUCUCAUAAAAUGUCACAAGAAUAUUUUACCUUUUAUUUUAAAUCAAAAUGUUAAAAACAAAACAACAACCAAGGAAUGGAGUUCCAGCAAAAGAGAUGUCAAAUCACAUUUUCCUUUAAUCUUUACCAAGAAUAUGAAGACUAAGAAAAGUUAGUUUCAAUGGAUGAUCAUACAUUGUAUAUUGAAAUUAAGUGUGAUGCAUUAUUUUUUUUGCCCCAAAGCAAAGGUUUGAGUUUUGUCUUGUUUUGUGGUUAUCUGCUUUACAUUUUGUUCACCUGCAACUUUUGAACUUUUUUUGAAAAAUUCAACCAAACUUGUAGAUAUUCUAACAAGAGGACAAAAAAUGUUGUACUGUCCCCUGCUAUUGUAAUAUAUAAGAUGUAUAUGCAAAUGGUCUGGACUUGUACAUAUAUGGUCUAAAUACUGAUAGGGCUUUUCAGUCUUGCUUUAAUAUUUAAAAGAUAUGUGCAUAAUAUGUAUAUGACUAGUUCUGUGAUAAAAUAAUGUGUGACACUUCAAUAAGGCAGAAUUAAUUUAGUGACAAUUAUUAUGUUGCUUGAAACAGAAUCGCUAUAAUAAAGAGGAAAUAAAAUAUUUUUUGGUAAAGAUUUUACAUGGUAUUUCUAGCCUAUAAUCAUGUUAAUAAAUAUGACAAUUAACAAUGCCUAUGUUUACAAUUAAAAAUGCUUAAGUGUAGAAAUUAUAAAAGAGUAAGACAGUACACCAUAUUUUUCUCUCUAAUAUUAUUAUGCAUCUGUCAAAAUUGGUUUAUAAAAGAAAUAAGCAUUUAAUUUAAUGAUUUUUUUUCUUUUUUUUUCUUUUUUUCUAGUUAUGAUAAAUUUAACUUUACUAACAGAUAAUUAGAUAAAUUUAACUUUACUAACAGAUAAUUAAUCCUAUAUCAAAAUAUAUUUUUUGGUCAGUCAGAACCUUUUAGAGCUUAUGGUAUAGGUCACACUGUUGAAAAUUCAUUGGGCAUAGAUAUGGUGUUUACAUUAUACAUCAAGGUUUAUUUCUUCCUUUCUGUUUUUUUUUUAUUAUUUUAUUUUGAAAAGAGUAUUGUCUCAAUGGUAAUUACACAAAAUAUCCUUAGUAAUUUAAAAACUUUUAAAAUAUGAUUUAUGCUUGGUGGCGCUUUCCUUGCUGUACUGCUGUACUUACAUAAGGUAUUUUAUCAUGAUUUAUCAUAUAUUUAGUACAAAAUACAGCUAUUUUGUAUAUCUAAUAAAGGUUCGAUUUUCCAGUCUUUAUCACCUACCCUGUAUCGCAUACCCCGUAUCGCAUAGCUAAACCCGUAUCGCAUGGUAAAACCCGUAUCGCAUACCUUUUUUUUUUUUUUUUUUUUUACACUCAGUUUUUUGGGUUUUUUUUUUGCUUAAGAAAAAAUUUCCUCAAAAUAGGUCAGUUUUUUUAAUGACGUCAUUGUUUGAUAUGUAACGCGUCACGAACAUCAAGUUUUCAUAUUGUAUGUGACGUCACGAACAUCAAGUUUUCACACAACAUAUUUUUUGGCACAAUAAAUGCAACUAUAAAAAAUUCAAAACACUCAAAUAAAUACAAUAAAAAACAAAAUAUUUUUUAAACAACAGAUUGUAAGGUAACCCAGGUGCUUCCGUUCGUAUAAAUAAUUGAGCAGUUAUUUUAAGGCUUUGAAACAAGACAAAAGCAGAACUGAAGGUAAUCCAGUGCUAUGGAACAGAAAACAGUUCAUAUAAUAUAAUACUCUUCUGUUGAAAUAUAUGAUAAAGCGUAUAAUACAUGGCAAAAUCCGUAUCACAUGCUGUAUCACCCUCGACCAAUAUCAUCCCUCGGGCCUAAAGGCCCUUGGGCUGAUAUUGAGUGUCCGGAUGAUACGACAUAUGAUACGGAUUUUGCCAUGUAUUAUUCUCUAUUUAUCAUAUA